UAGACGCGAGGUGAAGCGAAGCGGCGUAAAUUGUAAUCGCAAAAACCGCAAUAAUUUUUAAGGAAACUUAAUUUUAAUGUACCAAGUAAUAUAGAAACAACUUAGAAAAUUGUUCCAUACAAAAUGACACAAGCCGCACUUCCUAACCCGAACACAUUAUUGCCAUUGGAGCUUGUCGACAAGUGCAUAGGCUCUCGGAUUCACAUCAUCAUGAAAAACGACAAAGAAAUGGUAGGCACGUUGCAAGGAUUCGACGAUUUUGUGAAUAUGUUGUUGGAUGACGUCACAGAAUAUGAGUCAACGCCGGAGGGAAGGAAAAUCACUAAACUCGACCAAAUAUUGUUGAAUGGAAACAACAUUGCUAUGUUAGUGCCUGGAGGUGAAAUGCCAGGAGACUCAUAUGAUGGACAGUGAUGUAGUUAAUAAGUAUUAGUGUAAUAAACCAAUUUUCAAGUAGAAAA